UGAUUUUUUAAUAUAUUUUUUUAAAUGAUAAAUUUCUGGAAUGCUAGGUUAGUAUCUUUUUCCAGGUUGGAAUAUGUGUAUGUGUCUUGUGUGUAUCAUUUCAUCGGCACCUAGCCGAUUUCAUUGAAAUUGAUUUACUCUUUGGUUGAUCGGUCCGUUGUGUGUGUGUAUUGUUUGUGUGUGCGCGCGUGAGCGUGUAUGCGUACGUGUUUGUCAUGUGAAGGCGCAGAAUUUACCUAUAAUUCUCUUAAGAAACCAUACGACAGAGAAAAAGAUAUACAUAAAUACGAAAGAAGAACGAUAUUGAAGCAAAAAGUGAUGCGGAAUUGACUCUGUCUGACAAUGGUGCUAUUCUUUCGCGCAAUUUUUAUCACAGCAACACAUUUCUUGUCCAUCGAUAAAAACAACAUUUUUCGUUUUAGCACAGCAGCAUAAUCAUCGUAUACCCCAAUUAUUUUAAUUUGAAAAAACAGACACACGGACUAUUUGGCUUCUUUUGUAACUCAAAACGGUAAAAAAAAUUGUCUCAUAGCUCUUAUAUCCGGCGAUAAACGGAGUUGCGGUCCAAUUUGGAUUAGUAUUGUUUUUAGUGGAUUCUAUUUCAAAGUGAAUGUGUGUGAAUUUCCAAUGUUUUUUGUGACGAAUCAAUAAAACAAAGAUUGAAACUUUAACAGAGUAACGCAAGAUCUGCAGAGAAAUGCCGUCUAACACCAAAUUGAACAUUGAUGCUGGAGAGAGGGAACCAAUUGUUUCAGAUCCAAUUUUUAUUGAGACAACCAACCAUACGGAUGAUCCAGACUAUGAAAAUGACCUAUUCUGCCCUGCAUCGCCAACGACAGUUCCAACGUCAGCGAUCAAAUCCCGAUCAAAUUCAGGUUCAUUGCGGUCACCAAGACAAUGCAGACAACGCACAACAUCAAUCAAUUUAACCAAAACUAUUGACGCAACGGAAUCAAUAAUUCGUGCGAAUAAUCGAACUAUUUACACAGCUGGCCGUCCACCAUGGUAUAUUUGUCAUGUAUUUAAUAUAGACUCAUAUAUUUUAAGGCAGCAUGUAUAUUUACUUGAAACUAUCCUAAUUUGUAUUAUUGUGUUGAAAAGUCGACUCGCUAUAUACCGUCAUUCGCUUAGGAAUCGUGUCUUACCAGUAAAAAUAUCGAAGUGUCACAAAAAGUUAAUAAUUUCACCUAUACAGAUCGAUGUAAAGUGCCGAAAAAAUAAGUUUGUAAAAAUAGGGGGUGCCCAAUCGAAGUAGGAGGGGCAGAGGAGUACCAAACCAUGUUAAAAUUUGGUCGGAUCAAAAAAUAAUGUACUACAAAGUUGUUCAGAAUGGCGAGAGAAAUUUUUUAUGACCCCUGCCCUCCAAAUCCUCCCACCCCAAGGGGGGUUGGGGGGUCAAAAAAACCCAAGAUAUGAUUUUUUCGGCCUAAAACCUCAAAAUUCGGAAUCAGCAUCCCAAAUUACUCUAGAAACGAUAUUUGUCUUGUGCCCAUUCACCCCAAGUCUCCCAAUAAUUCAGAGCCCCCCCAUUAGGGUAAAAUGAUAAAAAGUCGACUUUUCACUUUUUGGGUGCGGAAUUUCGCACUCAAAUGUAUGGCCAACUAUAACUAAUUUUAUCCGCACAAUUCAUUUAUACCAUUGCCCACCCCCUCCCAUAACCCCCAAGGAGGGUCCCCCUACAAAAUUUUCGAAAAUUUCGAAAAAUACCCCGAAAUUGGGUCCAGACCCAAUCUAAACCUAAAAUUAAUUACAUAUUCGGAUUCCUCGUGAAAAAUUACCUAUAGGCCCCAUACAUUGUCAAUCUCCCUUGACCUAGGUUUAACUCCUUCUAGCUUGAACCUUUAAUUCGGGUCGAAAAGUGAAAAUACCCCAUUUCAUUGUGACUUCACAAUGGGACAUUCACCCCUUAUGAAUCAACUGG